AUGCCUCCUCAAGUCUACUGGCUCAUAGAAUGCAUUCGCCUCAGCUACUACUUCAGCAGCGACAAAGUCCACACUGCCUUGGCCUACAAGCCCCAGCCCGAUGACGUCUUCAUCGUAAGCUAUCUUAAAUGGGGAGCAACCUGGACAGGAGCCAUCAGUGCGCACUUCGGCUUCGGCAAGCACCCUUACUCGAAAGACUCCGAGUACAUAUAUAUCGCAAGGAACCCCUACGAUUGCUGCGGCUCCUACUUCUACUAUACCAAGAGCUUCCCGGCUUAUUUUUUCCGGGAAGGUACCUUCGACGAGUUCUUCGAGACGUUUGUCGGGGGAGAAGUCGAGUUCGGGGACUAA